AUGUUAAAAGUGAUUGUGAAGACAACAAAUUGGAGCUUUUCUCUCUGUUACUUUUACCCUUUCUUUCUUUCCCUUUUCUCGUAUUGGUCUUCUCUCUCUCUCUCCUCUCACUUCUGCAUCGAUAACCACUCUCUCCUUUAUUUCAAUUUUUUUCUGAACGAAAUCAAAAAAAUGGCUUCGUCUUUGAGGAAUGAAAUAAAAGAAUCGAAAAAGCACCUCGUCGAUUUGCAGGAAGAUGUCGAAGAAUUCGAAAAGCGGCUCCGUCGAGGGAUUGAACAGACGAAGAAAUCGAUUGAACAAUUAUCAAUCGAUUGCGACGUGAAUUGCUCCAAAGUCUGGCAGGAAUUCGAUGAAUUUCUGGAAAAGACGUGGAUGAAGGCCGCAGAGUUGUGCAACCAAAUGAGAGAAAAGACGAGCGAAGAAGAAAGGAAAUGGCGCCAAAUUCUCGAAGAGAAAGAAAAUCUCUUGGAGGAGGCGGGAAAAUGGCUCCUGGAUUUGCGCCAUUUGUUUGCCGCCAGCAACGAUGACGAGGACGUUAUUUCUGGUGUCCGGUCGCUGGGAGCGGAGAUUUCAGGGCGGCUCCAUGAAUCGUUCUUUCCUGUUGAGGAAGGUCAUUUUGAUGUGACAUUUCCAGAAUGGUGCCAACGAUCAUUAAACCAGCUUCAAAAAGAAAUCGUCGACUUUAAGACGGUAAAGACAUGGCAUCCAAGGGAAUUGGAACUUGAAAGCGAAUUCCGCCUUCGGGGUUCGAACCUAGCGUGGAUUCGGUCGAUUGCCGCCAGCGAAGAAGACGGUCACGUGUUUGUUGUCGAUCGGGGCGACUAUUCGAUCAAGGAAUUCGGUGGGACUGGGGAAUUCGUCGGCCGAUGUCCACUGACGGACGAAGGAUUAUUACCCCUGGACAUUUGUUGUCUUUCACAAGACAAUUUCGUUGUUUAUUCUCCUCCUCCUCCCGCUUCUAAAUUUCAUUCCUCCCUCUCCCUUAUUUCUCCACCCCCGACUUUUCCCCCCUCUCUAUAUUUGUUUAUGUUUUUCAAUGCCAACCAAUUCUGCUCCUCCCCCUCCCAUAAUGUCAGCUUCUCUUUUCUCCCCCUUCAUUGUUUUUAUCUUUUCUUGAUUUUUUUUUACUCCCUCUACUUUUUCUCUCUCCCUCUCUCUCUUUCUCUCUCUCUCUCUCUGUAUCGUUCCCUCUCUCUUUUACGAUAUCAAGAGGAAAGCAACAAAAUGGAAACUGAAUUCUAA